AUGGCGUGCAAGAUCGCACGCGCGGAGGGGAAGCCGCGGCCUACUAUGCCCGAGUCCACGAGUAAGGAGGAGGAGGAUGCCUCGGAUGCCGAGGCCCACCUCCCGGGUGAGGACGAGGCGGGGACAGGUGCGGAUUCCCCGCCAGUAUAUCAAGAGGCUGGUGACGAGGACGCGCCAGUGGCGCCGCGUGAGGCGAGGCCCGCACCGGGGCUAUUGGCGGACUCGUCCCUCGCGGGGGCGGAGCGGAGGUCGCCCACGCCAGCGGCAGAACGACGGUCGCCCACGCCGGCAGCGGGCGGCAGAUCAUCUACGCCCACAACAGAGCGGAGGUCGCCCCUGCCAGCGACGGGCGAGGGGGUCCCCACGCCCACGAUGUCGACGGGCGGCGAUGGGUCCGCGGCGAGCGCGGGAACGCCCGCGCAGACGGCCUCGAGGUCUCAGGCUGAUCCGGGGGCCGUUGACAAGGACGCAGCCCCGCUCGCUCCGACCAAAGCCCUCAAGACCGGGGCGCGCGCCACGCCGCACUCAGCGCCGCAGCCUCCGCCCGUUGUGGCGACGGAAAGCGUGAUCCCGGUGGUGCAGCUGCCAGACAGCAGCGAGGAGUUCGGGGAUUCGAGAGACAUCGACCCCGCUGCUGCGGCGAGCGCCGCCGACAAGAUCACUGAAUUCACGUCGGACUGCGCGGAGAUGCUCGACGAGGGGACAUCCGAGGGGCCCCAGCACGGGGCAAUCAUCCAGUCCGGGGUCCCCCCGGAGUUUCUCCACGACGAGCGGAAGGAGGAGUCGGUCUGGCAGGCGCAGAUCGAGGCAGGUUCUCAGAUCUUGAACCACCUCGAUCGCGCCCUGGAGCUCCAUUAG